UCUCCCAUGCCAGGCGUGUUGGAAAUCUCACCUCACCAGUGCUCCUCCCAGAUCUCUGCUCCAGCACGCAACCAUACAGGGAAACUGCAUUCCUGAACCAGACUGUAGCACAUGUCGCCAACUGAGGUUUCAGCUCUGGCGAAGCUUCGAUGCCCAAUGUAAGCCACUUCUUCUCAGCAAGUCAUUCUCAAUAUCUCGCAGCAGCUCCCUCCUGGACAGUUCUUCAAAAAAAUCCUGGUCUUCUGGAGUUCCUGAAAUCGCGAAACUCGGUCCCAAAGUCCUUCAGAGAGGGUUGAAAGCUCCGCGGCGGACGAUCCUAAGCGACGCACUGUAAGGUGCGCACCCCCUGCCGAUGUCCUCCCGCCCUCGGUUUCGGAUCCUCAUCAUAUCAGAUGGUGAUGACCAUGAGCAGCGGUGUUCUGCUUUGAUUGAUGGUGCAUGGCUGGGAGUCUCAACCAGAUGAGCAAUUGAUCCAUACUUGGUGCAGACAGGCUUAUGAGCCUUGCGAGCCAGCAUUCAUCCACCCAGCACAACUUUCCCUCUCUCUUUCCGCCAAUGAUGAACUCGGUUGCUUCUUCUAGUCGUAUCCAAAGCGCUCCAGACCUCUCAACGCGGGACUCGUCCUCGCUGAUACGCCUCCCGCCAGGGCAGACGCAGACACGCAAUUACACUCGCUCAGCGGCCGUGCGCACGCCAGCCCGGGUAGUCGGCCGCGGCGGCCAGGGUUCGAAACUGCGACAAGUCAUCCUGACACCACCCUCCGGCUCGACACCGUGCAUCGUCAUACCCGUGCUCCUCCGCACGACGGAGGUCGUUGCUGCUGCUGCCGACGGGCCAGCCCGGAUCGUCGGCAGAGGCGGGCGGGGAUCUCGGCCGCGCGAGCUCGCGAAUUCCGACGCUAGACUCGGCAGUGCGCCCCGUAUCCUUGGGGGAAAUGUUUCCACGCCCAACAUCCCGCGGCGCACCCCGGCUCCCAUCGUCCCCCAUCCACCCAAUACGCCGAUGAUGUAUCGGCCGGGGGGUCGAGGGGGCGCAGGCUCGCGUCCGCGCGCGAUCAAGACAAAGGAUCCAGCGGCGGCAGCGAGCAAGAAGCACCGUGCCUUCCGGUGGCCCAUCUCGUCGAUGUCGGCGUCGGCGUCGGCGUCUGCCAAGGGCAAGUCGAAGGCGCCCAGCGCGGCUGACUCGCUGGGUCUGGGACUGCAGCGUUUCGACACGAUCGACACGCUUGGGAGCGCGAUCGAGUUCACGUCCGGUAGCCAUCUCGCGGGUGAUCGCCGGAUCUAUCAGAACACCGUGGCGCAGGACGGAUCGGCGUCGACGCUCGCGGGGCUGGGCGUCCAGCCGGCUGCUGGCAGGCUGCUGCCGAGCCAGAUUUUGCGCAGUCUGGGGGGGAGCGGCGGUGCGCUGGGCGGGGCUGGCGUCAUUCCCAGAGCGAUUCGGACGCGUCGGCGGGCGAGUGUUUCGACGUUUGGGAGCUCGGAUCUGGGCUCGUUCGCUGCUCCAUCCGAAGACACGGACUCUCUGGGGCUUGCAUACAACGACGAGUACGACGACGAUGACGACUUCGACGGAGAGGCGGAAGAUGACAGGGCCAGCGAGGUCCUGACGUACGCGACUACCUCAGAAGACCAAUCAGAGGUGCAAAGCAUUGCCUCGUCGUCCCUACAUCCGCUUGAGUUCGCUCAUCCGGCUGAACACGAUAAAAAUCUGAGCUCGUGGGAUCGCUCGACUGCCAUGUCGCGGCGUUUCGGCACCACCCCGUCGCUUCCUCCUCUGGAGGAGUCGGAGCCAUUUGUCCAUUACGAUGCGUCGGAUAUCCCAAAGCCGGAAAUAGUUCAUCACGAGGAGUGGACUGGGGAGUGGAAUCGGUCCGAUAUGCAAGAGGUGAUUGGAGCGUUGAGAGCGUUGAAACUUUGAAAUUACAGUACAUGAAUUAAUAGCAUUUUAAUUCAUAAUUAUAUUCCCAG